AUGGCUAAUAAGAUGCGUCUCUAUCAACAUUCAGCGCGAUGUCCAGUAGCACUUCGUGCAUUUCUAGAUUGCAAUCCAAUCUAUUGGCGUUUUAUUCCUCUAUAUUGGAAAGAUGCACUAUCAGACAAUACGACUUAUUACCGAGGACAUACUGUGAGAGAUCCUAUAUUGGCAAAUGUAAUGGCCACAACUGCUAUACAUAGUCAUCACUUGGCUCAAUAUCUCGAUCGUGUACCUUUACCACCAGCUGCCUAUGUCUUUUCAUAUCGACAACUACAAAAACAACGUAUAUUUUUCGAGCGUUUUGUCAAUUCCUCUAUUCACGAAUUACCCUAUGCUGUAUUGGAUUUAUAUAAAAUGGCGAUUAUCGCGAUUCUACCUGAUGAUCAUUCUAUUCUAUUACGUUAUAUUAUCGAAACGUUGUUCAUUAUACAUGGUGAAACUAAAUUAAAUAUGAUUUGUCCAAUUGGUAGCGAUGUUGAGCGACGUUAUGGUCCUCCAUACAAUUCUGUUUGGUGUGCUAAUUUGAAUUAUUCAUCGAUAUGA